CAAGCAUGCACACGUAUACACCAUCAUUCACUCCAUCUACAUCCCACGACUAGGCGGCGGAGGUACCUUCACCGCCGACGGCCGACCUUCACCGAUGCCUUUCUGAUGAAUGAAACGGCGGAGGUUAUCCAGAUAUCCGGAUACUCCAACGAUUGGUACCGUUAUAUUGGCGGCAUAAUUGCAAAUUUCUUCCGACACGCGAUGGACGAGUUGAUUGCCGGCGUGCAGGGCUGUAUGGACGACUUGCGUUCGAUCGAAGCGACGAACCAGCAGCAUGGCUUCAAGGCUACGUUCUGGCAGCAGAACAGCGACUUCAACCUCGGACGCGAUGUCCUCAUCGCGGCUGGUGGGUCGAUCUCAAGCACUGUGACCAAGUUCUCAUUGGUGCUGGGCAAGGAAACGGUGGCGUCGGACGCGUACUCGGUGUGCCACACCAUGUUCCAACCCUGCGAGCAGCUGCUGGCGGCGCUCAAAGUGGCCGUGUUCGCCGGCGCCGGGUACGCGUUGACCAAGGAAUUGUGCGCCAGUGUCCACCGCAUCUUCGCCAACGUUCUGGAUCUAUCGACACGCCUUCAUGUAAAGGACCUCGGCCGCGUGCCCGAACUCACGGGGCGCAUCUGGGACGCCUGUGCCGCGCUGGAGACACUGUCCAAGUCCAACUUGAUCUCGACAAAGCGCGUCAUGCUGCAGACCGUCGCCGUGCUCAAUGACACUGUGCAGGAGCUCCAGGGGGACGUCGCCGCCGCCAAGGACGCGCUCGACAAUACCAUUGACGAUCAUGAUCAUCUCGAGCAGCGCAACGUCGAGCUCGAAGACGACUUGGACUUCGACAUGGGGAGCCAAACAUUGACUGCCAACGAACUGCGCCAGCUGCAGGCGUGUGUGGACGUGCUUCAGAUGGCCCAGGCCAUUGCCAAGAAGGGUGUGCUGUCGCUCAACGCUGUGUCGGAAACCGACGGCCAGGACGGCUGCGUGCAGUGGGGCAGCUCGUUCCCGUCGCUCUACGAUGCACUCCAUGAUGCUGUGGUCGACCUGGGAGCGGACCUGAGCCCGCCGUUCGAAGCCGCCGUCGUGGCCGAUCACAUGAACCUGCUCCAGCGCGUGGGGACAGACGUGCUGACCCAUCUGCAGCACCAGCCUGGCCACGGAGUGCAUGCGGAUGUGGCCAAGGGGCUGCUGGCAUUCCAAGGCAAAGCCGCCGCGGCCUUGCAAGUGUUGGCAAUCGACGAUGAAAGUAGCAGCAGCAGUAUCUAUUGAAUAUACAUAUAGUACUACUACGACUACUAUUUAUAGAAA